AUGGGUCUGUACUGGCACUGCUCGCGCAACCCACCGUUCUGGGGCUACCUCAUCGUCGGCACCUUUUACGACCAACACAACAACAUUGUCUGGAGCACCGAGAUCUUUGCCCUUCAGCGUGAUACGCGCAGCGACCGGGAGGAAGACACGGGGCAACUCAUCUCAAUUCCGGACUCGGAUUCAAAUACCAGCCAGGACUUGAACGAUAUAUUUUUUCGCAGCCUCAACUUCGCUCAGAAUAACAGCACAUACCAAUCAGCACACGUACCGACGUACGAACACCAAACACACCCGCACCAACUCUGGGACCCGUCGCUCGCAGGCCCCGUUCCCGGCAACUGGAUCACAGCAUUCGACCACAGGCUCGGAAACUGGAAACAUACUUACACCGCACCAACAAUGUCCAACCCCGUCAACGGCCCGGACAUGGAAGGCCGCCGCCCGCCCUGGGGUCCCCAAAACGGCGUGCCCCUCCCGCGCUGGGGCGAGCCAUAUAUCCCGCACGGUGGUUACGGCGCACCGGCGGCCUACGGUAACUACUAUUACCCGGCCCCCACUUACCAAUCCUACCCCGUCGCACCCGCCACCGCCGCCGCCCCCUACCCGGGCUCCACAGCCUACGCCUGGCCCGGCGCCCAGCACCAGCAGGGGUAUUACCCGCCCCCUCCACCAGGAACUUACCCCUUCCAACCAGGCGGCCAAUCCACCUACGCGGCGCGCACGGCACAGGGUCUCCCGGCCCUCGACCCGCGCAACCCGGCCGCCACACUCUCCAACUCGACGGGCGGAACCGGCUGCGAGCCGGGCUACAACUACUUCUUCCCCGCGGCCCAUACAAAAAUCCACGUGUUCCGCACGACGACGCCGCCGUGGCAGUUGCCGACCAACGCGCGGAUCCAGUUUUCCGCCUUUCACGUGCCGGUCAACACGACGCUGGCGGAGUUGCUCAAGGGAUUUGGGGCGACGAAUGCGAACCCAAAGAAGAACAAGUGCUUUGAGAUUGUGCAGGCGGGGAACGGGAGGUGGUAUAAGGGGUUGUGUUUUUCGGGGGACGACAAGGAGAUGAUGAAGAAGAGUUUGGCCGAGGUUGGGUGGGAUGCGGGGAGGAAUGGGGUGGCUGGGGGGAAGCCUGUUGUUUGCGUUUGGCUUGUCAAGGAUUGA